CAAAUGAAUCGUUCAUGAUCUGGACUUCACUAUAAGUAGUUUGAUCUUCAAACUAGCAACAGGAAGAGAGUCGGAUCGCUGCGUGUAUAAAGUCAGAAGAAAGGGAAAGAGGACAGAAGGAGGAAAAGAGAUAAAACGCCCUCCUGAAUUUGUGGUCACUUCAGAGGACAAAACAUUAUAGGCCCAGAAAUCAGUGAGAGCAAAAGUAAAGCUCCGGGGAAGCAUGUGGCUCUCGGUCGUGUUCCAGUGGGCCUUCUAUCUGCUGCUGCUGGCGGCGGCAGUGGUCGGGGUGCUCUUUCUGGCAUAUUGCGCUUACGUUCAGUACAUUCACAUGAAGUUCGACCACAUCCCGGGGCCGCCGCGAGACAGCUUUCUCCUGGGGCACAUUCCCACUCUAAAAAAAGCAAUGGAGAAUGAUAAGCUGAUCCACGAUCUCUUCCUGCAGUUGGCAGAAGAGUAUGGUCCGGUAUUCAGGAUUAACACUCUUCAUCGCGUCAUGAUAACCUCCACCUGCCCGGAGUCUGUGAAGGAAUAUCUGAUGAACCCCAAAUAUCCCAAAGAUCCGUACACAUACAAUCGGCUCUCCGGUUUGUUCGGAAAAAGGUUCAUGGGCAGGGGACUGAUAACCGAUCCAGACCACGAUCAUUGGUACAAGCAGCGGCGCAUCAUGGAUCCCGCAUUCAGCAAACAGUACCUGAUGCAGAUGUUCAAAGUGUUUAAUGAAAAGGCUGAAUUCCUGAUGGAACAAUUGGAAGAGAAAGCAGAAGCCAAAGAAGCAGUGAGUUUACACAAACUCAUCAACUGCGUCACCCUCGACGUCAUCACCAAGGUUGCGUUCGGGAUGGAUCUGGAUUUAGUUGAAGGAAAUAAGAGCGAUUUUCCUGGCGCCAUCACCACCGCCCUCAAGGGAAUGAUGCAUUACAUGCAGGACCCCUUCAUGGAGUACUUGCCGAAACACCGGGCUUUUGUGAGGGAGGUGCACGAAAGCGUUGAGCUCCUGCGUAAAACCGGAAGGGAAUGUAUCGCUAAAAGGAAGCAGGCCAUGCUGAACGGGGAGGAAUUACCAAAGGACAUACUGACCAAAAUCCUACAGAGCGCUGAGCAGGAGAACGGUUUGGAUGACGAAGUCAUGCUGGACAACUUUUGUACGUUCUUCGUAGCCGGACAAGAGACCACGGCCAACCAGCUGUCGUUCACGGUCAUGGAACUGUGCAGACAACCUGAGAUAACACAAAGGCUCAGGGAGGAGGUGGAUGAAGUCCUGGGAUUCAGACGCGAUAUCAACUUUGAAGACAUAACGAACCUCAAAUAUAUGACUCAGGUUUUAAAGGAAUCCCUGAGAUUUUACCCCCCGGGGCCAGGGACCAAUCGUUACGUUGUGGAAGAUACAGUGAUCGAAGGAAUUCGGAUUCCCAAAGGAGUGGCCAUCACUUUUAGUACCUACGUCAUGGGGAGGAUGGCUAAAUUCUUUCCAGAUCCCUUCAAGUUUGACCCAGAAAGAUUUCAUCCAUCAGCCGAAAAACCGUAUUACUGCUACUUCCCGUUUGCGUUGGGUCCGCGUUCCUGUCUGGGGCAAGUGUUCUCCCAGCUGGAGGCUAAGGUCGUCCUGAGCAAACUUAUUCAGCGCUUUGAGUUUGAACUCGUCCCCGGCCAGUCCUUCGACAUCAUGGAUACAGGAACCCUAAGACCCCGCGAUGGCGUUGUGUGCACCCUGAAAUCCAGAGUGGUCUCCUCCAAAUAACAAGGUGCCGCUUGAUCCAGAUGUAAAUCUGUCUCAUCAUUAAAGCUUCUGUCACGGCU